AGCGUGCAGUGCGCGGGCUGGAAGUGGGCGGGGACUUCCUUUCUACCCCGCCUCGGACUCUCUGGUUCCGGUGUCCUCUCUCUGCUCUUGUCAGGCGGCUGCUGGAGAGAUUGCACAAUGUUGUCUUCUCAAGUUCUGCGUUUUGUUGGCAAAAGAUCCCUGUCUACCUCUGUCUGUCUGCAGGGACAUGGGAGCGUGGCCACCCCAGCAUACACCCUCCCCACAUACCAAGACCAUAGGACCAUACCCCUCCCGGAGAUCAAUUAUGUAGCUGAACUAACCCCUGAGCAAAAUUCCUUGAAGGAAAAGGAGAAGGGAGCUUGGAGGUCUCUGAGUGCCAGCGAGAAAGUAGACCUGUAUCGCAUUAAGUUCAAUAACACCUACGCUGACAUGAACAAGGGAUCAAGCGAAUGGAAGAGCGUAGUGGGCGGCACUCUCUUCUGUAUUGGCUUCGCGGCAUUCAUUUUUAUGUGGCAGAGGGAAUACGUGUUCGGUGAGAUUCCUCAUACUCUGUCCGAAGAAUGGAUAGCCAUGCAGACAAAGAGAAUGCUGGACAUGAGGGUCAACCCCAUUGAGGGAUUCUCUGCCAAAUGGGACUAUGACAAGAACGAAUGGAAGAAGUAAGAUGGACGCCUGUGGGGACUCCUCCCGACCAAAACAACCUCAGUUUUUCACCACGGUCCACUUGCUUAUGUUACCUCAUUGUUUGCUUUACUGGAAUGUCAUUCCUCCUUUACCAAUAAAGUUCUGGUUUACUUGAACCCCC